GAUGGCAUAUACGCCUAUAUAUAGUAUAUGCGUUGAUUAUUGAUGGUUUCAUGUAAGGCGUGACCUGUACGUACAUAUAUAUCGCCCUUCUUUUUUCUGUUCAUGAAUAUAAGGGUUAAAGAGUCGUUAAGCAGAAGAAGAGGGAGGGCCUAUCAUAUUGAUUCACUCCCUUCUUUCCCUUUGAAGAUGGCGAAUAGAGUUUCAAUAACAUUGUUGGUUUCUCUGUUUGUCAGCUCCUUCCUUGCUGCUUCGGCAGGUAAUUUCUACCGAGAUGUAGACAUUACAUGGGGAGAUGGUCGGGGCAAGAUACUACGCCGAGGGAACACACUUUCCCUUUCUCUUGACAAGACUUCAGGCUCCGGAUUCCAAUCCAAGAGAGCAUAUCUCUUCGGAAGGUUCGACGUGCAAAUGAAGCUUGUCCCUGGAAACUCUGCAGGGACUGUCACCACCUUCUAUCUAACAUCGCAAGGAAACAAGCAUGACGAGAUUGACUUCGAGUUCUUGGGAAACCAAAGUGGGAACCCUUAUACUUUGCAUACUAAUGUGUAUACCCAAGGACAAGGGAAUAGGGAGCAAGAAUUCCGCCUGUGGUUCGAUCCAACGUUUAAGUUUCACACGUACUCAAUUAUAUGGAAUCCCCAACGCAUCAUUAUUUUAGUAGAUAACAUUCCCAUAAGGGUGUUCAGUAAUUUAGAAGCCAUUGGAGUUCCUUAUCCCAAAAACCAGCCCAUGAAGAUUCAAGCAAGCCUCUGGGAUGCAGAGGAUUGGGCGACACAAGGUGGAAAGGUGAAAACAGACUGGUCCAUGGCUCCUUUCACUGCAUAUUACAGAAACUUCAGUGCACUCACUACUGACUCUAGUGGAUUCAAGGGCUGGCUGACUCAAGAUCUUGAUGUGCAAGGUAGAAAAUUGCUCCGAUGGGUGCAGAAGUAUUACAUGUUAUACAACUAUUGUGCCGAUCGAAGACGCAGGUUUAGCCAUCGUGAAUGCACACGAUCUAGGUUCCUAUGAACAUGAUUAUGUUAAAUUGUUGAUUGAGUGAGAAUUUUAAUGCAUAUUUUCUCCUAUACCCCUACUUUGAAAGAGCCAUUUACAUGGAGGUCAAUAUAUCCCAAAGGAUGAAUGUGAUUGUGGAAUUUCUUAGCCA